CUCAGGCACAAAGAGCCUCGUGUUUUGUUUUUUGUUUUGUUUUGUUUUGUUUUGUUUUUGAAGCCCGUUCGUCCUGGAAUUCUUUCUGACACUCUGCCGACGCAGCUUCCAGAUGCUCUCUGCAGUGAAUGCAAGGCCACCAAACAGGACCAGAUUAUGGGCGACAGUCCUUUUAAUUGAUCUAUCAUCAUGGCUAAUGAGGGCUAUCCCAAGGCUGGUGAUAGUCCUUUUUCAUCAGAUAAACAUGCCCAACUCAUCUUGGCCCAGAUCAGUAAAAUGAGAAGUGAGCAGCAUUUCUGUGAUGUGCAGUUGCAAGUUGGGAAGGAAACCUUUAAAGUUCAUCGGCUGGUUUUGGCUGCCAGUAGUCCUUACUUUGCAGCUUUGUUCUCUGCAGGAAUGAAAGAGUCCUCAAAGGAUGUUGUACAGAUUCUAGGAAUUGAAGCUGGAAUCUUUCAAAUACUUCUAGAUUUCAUUUACACAGGUAUAGUGAACAUAGGUGUGAAUAAUGUGCAAGAGUUGAUUGUUGCAGCAGACAUGCUACAGUUGACUGAAGUUGUUAAUCUUUGUUGUGAAUUCCUGAAAGGACAAAUUGAUCCACUGAACUGCAUUGGGAUAUUUCAGUUCUCUGAGCAGAUUGCCUGCCAUGAUCUUUUGGAAUUCACGGAAAACUACAUUCAUGUCCAUUUCUUAGAGGUUCAUAGUGGGGAAGAGUUCCUGGCACUUACAAAAGAUCAGCUGAUCAAAAUUUUGCGGAGUGAAGAGCUUAGCAUUGAGGAUGAAUACCAGGUCUUCCUAGCUGCAAUGCAGUGGAUUCUGAAAGAUCUGGGAACGAGAAGAAAAUAUGUGGUGGAAGUGCUAGACCCAAUUCGAUUCCCUUUGUUACCUCCUCAGAGGCUUUUAAAGUAUAUAGAAGGAAUAUCUGAUUUUAAUCUUCGUGUUGCAUUGCAAACACUUUUGAAAGAGUACUGUGAGGUGUGCAAAUCUCCCAAAGAGAACAAGUUCUGUAGUUUCCUGCAGACAUCUAAGGUUCGACCUCGGAAGAAAGCAAGAAAGUACCUGUAUGUAGUAGGUGGAUAUACUCGGUUGCAGGGAGGUCGUUGGAGUGACAGCAGAGCCCUCAGCUGUGUGGAACGUUUUGACACCUUUAGCCAGUACUGGACCACUGUGUCUUCACUUCAUCAGGCUCGAUGUGGGCUGGGAGUAGCAGUUCUGGGAGGGAUGGUCUAUGCUAUUGGAGGUGAAAAGGAUUCAAUGAUUUUUGACUGUACAGAAUGCUAUGAUCCAGUUACUAAACAGUGGACAACUGCAGCUUCAAUGAAUCACCCCCGCUGUGGCUUAGGAGUGUGUGUGUGUUAUGGGGCUAUCUAUGCUUUGGGUGGAUGGGUUGGAGCUGAGAUAGGGAAUACCAUUGAACGAUUUGAUCCUGAUGAAAAUAAAUGGGAAGUAGUUGGCAACAUGGCUAUGUCACGCUACUACUUUGGGUGUUGUGAAAUACAAGGUUUAAUAUAUGUAAUUGGGGGCAUCAGCAAUGAAGGAAUAGAGCUUCGUUCUUUUGAAGUUUAUGACCCGCUUUCCAAGCGCUGGUCUCCACUUCCUCCAAUGGGAACGAGGAGAGCGUAUCUUGGGGUGGCCACACUCAAUGACUGCAUCUAUUCUAUUGGAGGGCGGAAUGAGACACAAGAUGUUCUUCACACUGUUGAAAAAUACUCCUUUGAAGAGGGACUCCAGAGAAGAUGCAUGUAAAACCACAGGUCACUGAGGCUCUGUUAAUUUUUUUUACCAUCUUUUUUUCUCUCUGCUUCAGUUUGUUUUUAUUUUCCAGCUUUAUUUAGGUACACUUGACAAAUAAAAAUUGUAUGUAUUUACGUGUAUAGUGUAUUGUUUUGAUAUAUGUAUGCAUUGUGAAAUGAUAGUUAAUUAACAUUCCAUCACCUCACAUAGUUCCCUUUUCCUUUUUUGUGUGUGUGGUAAGAGCACUUAAAGAUCUGCUUUCUUAGCAAAUUUCAAGUACACAAUAUAAUAUUAUUAACUAUAGACAUCAGGCUGUAUAUUAGAUGUCUAGAAUUUAUUCAUUCUGCAUAACUGAAACUUUGUUCUUCAAACUUUGCGCUUCAAUUUGGAUAGCUUCUCUUGCAAUGUCUUCAAGUUAUUAAUCUUCUACAGUGCCUAAACUUCUAAUUUGCAGUGUCUAAUCCCAUUGAGGGAAUUUUUCAUUACAGAUAUUAUAUUUUUUAGCUUUAGAAAAUCUUUCUGGUUGUUUUGUGUCUUCCAUUUCUCUCCUCAUCUUGUUCAGGUUUUUCUUUAGAUCCUUAAACAUAUUUAUAAUAUCUGCAUUAAAGUCCUUGUCUGCUAAUUCCAUUCUCUUUGUCGUUGAUGGAUCUGUAUCUGUUGAAAUUUCUCUUCCUGGUUUGAGUCACAUUUUUUCUGCUUUUCCACAUCUCUAGUAACUUUUGAUUGGAUAUGGGAAACUGUUCAUGUUAGGUUGCUGAAUAUUUGGAUUUUAUUUUCUUGCUUUAAGAAGUGUUAAGUUUUGAUGAACAGUUAAAUUAUUUACAAAUCAGAUUUAUUCUUUUGAGAUUUAACUUUUAAACUUUUUAGGGAAGGUCUAAAUGUAGGUUUACCACUAAAGCAUAAUCCCUCUUGUAUCCUAGCUGUUCAAAAAGGUUUCUUCAUUUCAGCUGGACAAAACUAGAAUAUCAUCCAGUGUUGUGUGAGCUCUGUACUCAUAAUAUUUUUUACCCCAAAACAUGUGGGUUUUCCAUAUCACACUGUUCUCCAGUUCUCUGUGGACACAAACUGGGUGUCCAAAUCAAUUCAGUUCUGACCCUAAUUACCCCACAGAUUAAGGGCUCAGUCUCUCAAGACUGACCUCCCACUCUAGACACCAGUCUCAAGUAGUGGGUCCUCAGAGUAACCACUGACUCAAUUAUACUGUCUGACUUGGCUACAAAUCAGGGGUUCCCAUGAUCCCUUCCUUAAGUUCAGUAAUUUGCUAUAAUAGCUCACAGAAUUAAGGAAAAUACUUUACUUACUAUUACGAGUUUAUCAUAAAGGAUACAAUGAACAGCCAGAUAAAGACAUACGUACAUAGGGUAAGGUCCAGAAGGGUUUUGAGUGUAGGAGUUUCUGUUCCUGUGAUGUUCGGGUGGGUGUCCACUCUCCUGGCACAUGGAUAUAUUCACCAAUCUCCGAACCCCAGAGUUUAGGGAUUUUUAUGGAGGCUUUAUCACAUAGGCAUAAACAAUUAUUAAUUCAACUUCCUCUCCCCAGUUGAUAGUGGUAGGGCUGGAAGUUCCAAGCUUCUAAUGGUAGCUUGUUCUUUUUGAUAAUCAGUCCUCAUUCUGAAGCUAUUCAGGUGUCCCCUAAGAGUUGCCUCAUUAGAACAAAAGACGUUCCUAUCACCCAGGAAAUUCUAAGGGAUUUAGGAGCUCUGUGUCAGGAAUUGGGCCAGAGAUCAAAUAUGUAUUUCUUAUUCUAUCACAUCCACCCAUUAGUCGUUCUUUGCCUGUUCUCAUGGAAUCUCACUUCAUGCAUGCCCAGAUUAGUGGUAUUCAGCCAAAGACACAAGGGAACUUCUAACCUCUGGCACUCUCCCUUGCAAAUCUAGGCUGCUUCAACUUGUCUAAACUCUGAUAUCAGUCUCCUAAAUCAGCUGACUCUCCUACUGUGCUUGGGAUCCCCGUCCCUGUACUGCUAUUCAGAAAGCCCUUCCAGGCAGAAAACCUGGGUGACCAUGAAGCUCACCUUUUGGGUUCUUUUUCUGAGGGAUCACAACUUUUCAUUGCCUGUUGUGCAUUGUCUGAGAACUUUAUUUCAUAUGUUUUGUCCAGUUUUCUAGGUCUUUAUGGCAGGAGGGUAACUGGUAACAAUUUCUCUGUCAUGGCUCAAAGUGGAAAACCUUCCUGUGUCCUUUUGACAUGUUCCCAUCAUUCAUUGAGCACUUCUUUAAUUUCUGUCAUAAUAAAAUACUUCAGUCUCAUUUUGUACUUUUUCUGCUCUAGCCCUGGAAUCUGCUGUUUUUCCAAGAAGCUCCAGUUUCCUUUAGUGAAGGACAGUAUUUAGAAACCAAGAUUAGAGGUAUUCAGAGUACUUAUGGCUACUGGAGUACUGCUGCUUCUAGGCACUCUCAGUAAAUAGUUAGGAAAUGUAUGUGUGUAUAUAUAUGUGUAUGCAGUCACAUACAUAUUCAUUUGUAAAUAUUUCUGUAUCUAUUGUGCAUAUGUGGUAUAAUGCAUUUCUAGUACAUCGAAGAUUCUUUUAGGCCUUCCCCUAUUUCUGUUGUAAAUAAAUACCCUCUCUGUCAGUUAAAAACGUGGCUUCCAUUUUCUCAGUAUAUUUAUUUGUUCAUUCAGUUUGCUUAUUUGUUCUUGUUUUUUUAUUGCAGUAUCUUUGAUAUACAAUCUUAUAUUGGUUUCAAACACAGUCGUUCAACAGUUACCCAUAUUAUUAAAUCCUCAUCCCCUCUAGUGCUCAGUUUGCUUAUUUGUUAAAUGAAAGAAAUCUCCCUGCCAGACCAGCUGUCUUCUCCACCUGCCAGCUCUGCAAUUACCCAUAGUGUCACUGUCCAUCUGCGCUCUUCAGUGUUCCCUCAUACUCUCAGUUGCUGGGUUGACUCAGGUAUGCUAGGAAGGGCAGAGAAGAGAAAGAUACAGAAGGGUAUUUUCACUGAGUCACUGUUCUAUCAUGCAUUUGUUCAUUAGUUCGUUUAUUCAUUCACAAAUAACUGACUUAUUAGUAUAUAAGUAUGGAUCAGGCAGUAUGCCUGGAGAAACAAAGGCAAACUAAACAUAUAAGGCUCUCAGCUCUCAAGUAGCCUAAAUUCUAGUGGGAGUAAUUGAGAAAUAAAUAGACAAACAGUUGCAUUGCAGUUUGUUAGGUGCUCGGAUAAUGAAGUACAAAGUGUGUAGUGUGGACUUACAGAUAAUUUCCAUGAAAUACUAAUUUUUUGCAUUGUUGAUAGGAAUUAGGUAACAUGCAUUUCCCUGGUUAAUUAUAUUUAUGGAAAGUUAAGUUAAACAAAUUUAAAUAAGUUUCUUUACCACAGGACUUCUUUAUAUAAUUUAGUACAAUAAUGUAAUGAAUCUUUAUACUAAGUCUCUCAAAUUCAAUUGACCAUGCAACCCUUGCUUUUGUUUAUGGAACAUUUCAGGGAAAAAAGUGUUUCAGGGAACAUAUUUUGGGAAAUAUGGAUUAAUGUUAUUUGAAUGUUAUGGUUCUUAAACUACUUACAGUUAUUAAAACCUUGAAUAGCUAAAGAUUUAAAAAAUUUUUUAAGUAGAAAGAAUUUUAGUUAAAAUCUUUUUGGAGAUAUAAUUCACAUACCAAACACUUGAGUUGUUUCAUCUUUUCGGCUAUUAUGAACAGUGCUGCUCUAAACAUUUAUGUACAUGUUUUUCUGUGGACAUAUGUUUUCCUUUCUCCUGGGUAUAUACCUAGGAUUAGAAUUGCUGGAUCAUAUGGUAACUCUAUGUUUACCCUUUUUUGGGACUGCCAGAUUGUUUUCCAAAGUGGCUGGACUGUUUUACUUAAUCACCAGCAAUGUAUGAGAGUUCUAAUUUCUCCACAUCCAAUGCUUAUCGUUAUUUAUCUUUUUAAUUAUAGCUAAUCUAGUAAGUGUGAAUUUGUAUCUCAUUGUGGUUUUGAUUUGUAUUUCCCUGAUGGUUAAUGAUGUUGAGCAUCUUUUCAGGUGCUUAUUGGUCAUUUGUAUAUCUUCUUUGAAGAAAAAAAUCUAUUCAAAUUUUGUCUACUUUAAAAUGGAUUAUUUGCCUUUUUAUUACUGAGGUGUAUAAGUUCUUCUAGAUGCAAGUCCUUUGUCAGAGAUACAUGAUUUGCAAAAAUUUUCUCCCAUUCCCAGAGUGGUUUUCUUUGCUUCCUUGAUAGUAUCCUUAGAAGCACAAAAGUUUUUAAUUUUGAUUUCCUAUCUAUUUUUUCUUUUGUCACUUGUGUUUUUGAUGUUAUAACUAAGUAACCAUUGCUUAAUCCAAGGUCAUGAAGAUUUAUGUCUACACUUUUUUCUAAGAGUUUUAUAGUUUUAGCUCUUAUAUUUAGGUCUUGAGUUAAUUUUUGCAGGUAAUGUGAGGUAGGGCUCCACCUUCUUUCUUUUGCAUGUAGCUAACCAUUUGUCCGAGCACUGCUUGUUGAAAAGACUCUUCUUUUCCAUUGGACUGUCUUGGUGUCUUUGUUGGAAAUCAAGUGACCAUAAAUGUGAGGGUUUAUUUGUACACUCUCAAUGCUAUUCAUUUAUCCAUAUGUCCAUCCUUAUGCCUGUACCAACCACACUAUCUUGGUUACUAUAGCUCUGUAGUAAGUUUUGAAAUUUGAAAUUUGGUUAGGCUGUUCUGAGUCCCUUGAAUUCCAUAUGUAUUUUAGAAUCACCUUGUCAGUUUCUGCCAAGAAGCCAGCUGGGUUUUGACAGGGAGUACAUUGAAUCUGAGACCAAUUUGGGGGUUGCUAUCUUAAUAUUAGGUCUCUUCAUCUUAAACAUGGGAUGUCUUUCCAUUAAUAUAGGUCUACUUUAGUUUGUUUCAACAGUGUUUUGUGGUUUUCAGCUCCAUGCACUCUGUUGAUUAAGUUUAUUCCUAAAUAUGUUGCUCCUUUUGAUGCUAUUGUAAAUUGAAUUGUUCUGUCAAUUUUAUGUUCAGAUUUGUCAGUGCUAGUAUAUAGAAGUUCAAUUGAUGUUUGUCUUUUGAUCUUAUGUCCUAAAAUCUUGAAGCCCUCAUACUCUUAAUAGUUUUUUUUUUGUGGAUUCCUUAAGAUUUUCUAUAUACAAGACCAUGCCAUCUAUAAAUGGAGAUCAUCUUACUUUUUCCUUUCCAAUCUGGAUGCCUUUUAUUUCAUUUUCUUUCCUAAUUCUCUGACUAGAAUCUCCAGUACAAUGUUGAAAGGAAAGGGCAAGAGUGGAAUCCUUAUCUUAUCAUUUCUGACAAGUUUCAGACUUUGGCAGUAUUUCAAAUUCCUUUUACCUUCUAUUAUAUCUUUUUUGGGAAUACAGGAAAUGAACUUUCCAAGGGUUCUUUCUGUUGCUAAUUUUUCUAUAUGGCUAGAAAUGAAUGAGUUUUCUUUCCAAAGUAAGUGCUCAUCAUUAAUGUAUUACCUUGGCUUUUCAUGCAUAAAUCUAAAAUGUUAUUGUUAUUUACAAACAUGUUUCUGGUUUUACAGAGUUUAUUUUGAGUGAUUCAGGAUAAAAAGUAAACUAUAGUUCUAAUACACUGAUAGAAAUGAAAGAUAAACAUGAUUGGAAGAGCCCCCUAUGUUCACUUAUUCAUGUCAAGCCAUUUUUGUGGGAGAGGAAAGGUUAGUUCUCCCUAAUGAUAAUCAUAAACCCAACAUCCUAAUUUAUAUUAACUAGCUAUAGUUAUUUUUGUGAAUAGAUCUGUCUCUUAAAAUAUGAGUAUUUUUUUCAGCUAUGCUAACUUUGCUAUAUGUUCUAUAAUUUCAGAUAGCCAAUUUUAAAAUGGACCUUCAAUUUCAAAGGAUUGUCUCUGGUUAAAGUAUUUCAGGAUUUCAUUUAAGUUGAAAUCAGCAAACAUAACACUAUCUAUAAUGUGCUGGUGCUAUACUGGUACUGGAAUGUGAGGCUUAAUAAGUCCCUGUCCUCAAAAAGUUUAUUUUCUAGCACUGAUAAAUAAUCAAUGUUCACUUUUUAUGAUUUUAUAAACUUUGUUCACCCUAUGCUUUACUUCCAAAUUCUUUUUUUACCUGGCUAAUUAUUCUUUUCUCUCUCAAUUGUUUCUCAGGAACUUUAUUAGUUUUCCUGUGUUCUGGGUAUAGACAUCUUCCCUGGAGCAGGACAUUACAAGUCAUUUUGGCAAUAGCGGCUUAUUGAAAUUUCUUCAGGGAACAGUGUGUACCAGGAGUUAACAAACUUUUUGUUAAAGGGCCUGGUAGUAAAUUUCUUAGGCCUAGUGACAUACAAUCUCUUCUUUAGGCAUAUUCCUUUUUGUUUUUUAAAUAAACUUUUACUAUGGAAAGAUCAUUAUUAGUUUAUAGGCUUACAAAUAGGCUACAGUUUCCAACUCCUGAUCUGUACUGCCUUUCUGAAAAUAUGUUUGCAGAUCACUAAACUCCACUAGAUGGUCCUUGAAAAAAGGGAUUCUGUGGUCUAAUUAAUUGGGGAAGUGUUGUUCAUUAUAUCAUUCUCUUGGAGAUUUAUAAGGCUCAUUAGCAUAUUUAGCAUAUUAAAGACUUCUAAAAGGCCUUCUGUAUAAAAGCUUUUUUCCUCAGUGGAGCUUUGUGGAUUUGUGUUUUAUGUGUGCAUGUGCAUUACCUACUUGUGUUCCAUAGAAACAGAUUCUCAGAAUACCUGCCUGUAUAGAAUUUGUAGAUCAUCUCCUGAUCAUAAUUUAUAGUUACAGACAUAUGUUCAAUUGUUUUUCUCUACACUCACUACUUUGUCUACACCUACUUGAAAGUUCAUUUAAAAACGUUCUAUAUACUUAUGUGACUGGAUUGUGAGUUUGAAAUUUAAACAUGUAAAAGGAUUUACAGUAUCUGAUUUCUCUGUUAAUCAUUUUUUGACACUGCUAACUUUUUUUUCCUCUUAACCAGGAAAAGUGGGUUGAAGUUGCCUCAAUGAAAGUACCUAGAGCAGGCAUGUGUGUUGUGGCAGUCAAUGGGCUUCUGUAUGUUUCUGGAGGUCAGUCUUCCAGCCAUGAUUUCUUGGCCCCAGGUACUUUGGACUCAGUUGAAGU